AUGCCGGGCGCGAGCUCGAGUAUUAAGCCGCUGCCGGCGAGCGAACCCUCAAACUCCGAUGAGGCAUCACAGUUGGAGCUGUAUCUACAGAGACAGCUAGAGGAGGAUGUGGCUAGAAUAUUUGAUGAAUCCAUAUACUCUGAUCUUGAACUAGUUUGUGGAAAGUUAAAAAUAUUAACCCAUUCUUGCAUAUUAAAAGCACGCACCAAUAAAUUUUAUCAUAAGCUUCAAGCGAUUUUGCAUGUGAAUAUUGGCAAAAAUACUUUUGAUGAAAUUUAUUCUUUUAUAAGUGACGCCUACACUGAAUGCAACAUCAAAAAUCAAGAAGAAGACAUAAUUACCUACCUAGACGAAAACUUAAACGUUGUCCAGUCAAAUCCCACCACCAAUGUAAAAACGAAAGAAGAGCGAGGAGAUGAAUCAGAUGUAUUUCUGACCCCGAAGUGCAUAAGUCCAUAUAAUGUUGAAACAGGUUUUGAGAAACCUAUAAGCUCCAGUCCGAGCACAGAUUUGACUAAGGAGUACUAUGCUCUGGUGCCCAUAGACAGUAACUUAUUAGAAAAGGAAUUGAUUGAACAGGAUGCUCUCUCCAAUGCCUUCCAGUCUAUUAUAAAAACUCAACGUAAUAAACCUACAUCUCUCUCUCUUACUUCUAGUCAUUCAUCCAAAACAGUGAAACAUUCCAUAAGUUGUGAUAUUUUAGAUAACAGUCAGCAUCCCAAGGAAAAUAAUCUGGAUCAAUCUUCGGCAACUGAUGAACAAAAAGUAAACGGUCUUGCUAGUCAAAAACUUUAUAGUAAAUCAAACCUUGAAUCAACUGUGAGUUCAAAUCGAUACAUAGCUGGUUCUCAAGACGGAGUGGUAGAUAAAGAAGCGGAGGUUUCUUCUGCACUAUCACCAGAUAGCUUAGUAGCCGACGACCCCAGUUCCUCCUCGGAUUACUUGUCUGCAGCGCCCAACUAUUCGCCAGGCGUAAGUACGGCGUGCACGUCACACUUAAAUGUUGGUGAUAACAUUACCAGAAUGGAAAAUAAUGUUACAUCAUCUGAUUCGGGAUUGGAGAACACUGGGCUAUUAGAGAGCAUGGGCAGCCACAAAGACGUUACAUUAACAGAUGUGUCCUUGACAGAGAGUACAUUACACGAUUUGACAACCGAUGAUAUCAAUGAUUCUAUGUCAAGUUCUUUAGCAGAUAAGAAUUAUCAAAGGCUUAAAAGGAUUGCCACAUCCACCCUUAGUGGCUCCUCCGACGUCAAUGGAAUAUUUCCUAAUCCGUCACCACAGUCUAAAGAUGCCACGAGCUAUGAAUCUUCCAAGGAAGAAAAACAGCGACAGAACGAAGAAAUAGUUAUAUUAGAAUCAUCUUCACUGUCAUCUGAAACUGGUUCCUGGGAAUCGGUUUUUCCUCCAAAACAGGCAGACAAGCAAAUUUGUGACAAAUUCAUCAGUAGUGAACGCCAGCAUUCUGGUGUAAAAGAUGUUGGAAAUCGCAAGAGUCAAUCUUCAAAUUAUGAUGAGACUUUUAGUCCAAGUUUAGUUAAAAAGUCGCCUUUUAAGUCAACGUCCUGCUUUAUUGAUGCAGCAAGUUUAGUUGAUGAAGAUAAUGAUACAAUUAAAAUACAAGUAGAAUCAAAGGAAACAACAUAUAGGAAUAUCGUGUCAGAUGCAUUACCGGCGCCUAGUGAACCUGUUCCUUGUUCUACUGCUAAGUUAGAUGCAAGUCCUAACGAUUGGUCAGAAAGUAACGACAAUGAAGAUUCGUUAGAACAAGGCGAUCAAAAAGAUCCAGAUUCAAUGCAAAAAGAUUUAUCGCCUACUAUUUUUGAAAUGACCCCAAUUACUGAGGAUUCUUUAUGCACGAAUGCCUUUGAAACAGCAGAUCGCAAUGAAGAAGAAAAUAAGAUUGCGAAAUCUUAUGAACAUUCAGAACCCACAAUUGAUAAAGAAGUAUCGCUCUCUUCAAAUACAGUGUUCGUGUCUAACACGCCACAUAAUUCUAUAAUGUCCAUAAAGUCAUCUACUUUGAGGCAAUACGAGUCUGAAGAAAGUGAAAGUGACGCAACUGUAGUUGGGCAUGAAAAUCAUGUAAACGUUAAGAAAAAUAUGUUAAAAUACAAUGAGUCGUCGCCUAUAGUAUCCGGAGGCGCGUCUAUUGAGGACCACUUGCCACAAAGUGGCAGUUAUAGCGGAAGUCCUGUAACACGCCGAAAAAUAGAAAAUAUACCAAUCGUGUCAGGUGCUUACAUACCAGAAACAGAAGAUACUGGCCACAAAAAAAGUCCUCGGCCGUCGAAUGUGUCCGCAUGGGUUGUAGAUAUGUCGCGCCAUCCGAAAUCAGAUGGAGAUAAAAAUACUUCAAGUGUUACUAGACCCGGCGACAGGACAUGUUACAAUUUGAUAAAUGAGUCCAAACACAGUAGCAAUGAUAAUUGCAAUAAAAGCAGAAGCUCCAUUGAUUCCGACAGCAGUGAAAGGUCCAGUCAUAAGUUUUACAUUGAUUUAUCAAGUUUGCCAGAUUCAAUGCCGCCUAAAAAAAAUAAUGUUUCUGAAAAUACAAAUGAAAAGAAGAACAUUUUUUCCAUGUACAUCGAUCUUGGUGACAAAUGCCCAGUAAAAGAAAUGCCCGCCAGGCUUAGCUCAUCACUAAAUGUCAGAAAAAGUAUCAUUGUUGAAAACAAAAGUAUUUCAAAAACAAAUCAAAAUAAAGGUAGAGAUUCGUCUACCGAAGGAACUCCUGCACAGUUUCCAAUGAUAAGCAAAACGAAUGAGUCCACCUGUAUUUUUGAAAAGUAUGAGUCGUUAUGUAACGAUCCAAAUGUAUCAAUAUCGGAAAUUAUUAGAAUUCCCCAAGAAUGUUCUUCAAAACAACAAAGCAUACCUGACCCAAAGGGCUUCAGUGUCAAGGGUGUAGAUCAACCUACAAUCGUUGCAGUCAAUUCAAAUCAACAAAACACAGUGUCAAAUCCUAAAAGCAAUGAUUCUCAAAGCGAUGAUGUUUUUGUUAAACUCUCAGAUUUGGAUAAGCCCAUCCAGAAACCUAAUACUUCUAUGACAGUACAUGAACACAAAGUAUUGGAUGUAAGAAUGACAAGAUCAAUACCAGAAAAUAACUGGAGUGAUCAAAAUAACGCUAGUGCUCCUAGGUCCAUUGAAGUCAUUAGUUCUUUCCACUCAGAAAAUGCUUUAAGUUUAAAUAGACUAUUUCCUCAUCUGAAAAACGAAUUCAGCCGCAGUAUGCCUGGCAUAAUGUCAAACAGAACGCGUUCCCCAAUGAGAAUGGGAGUCUCUCCAAGUCCAGGAGAAAUAGAAGAGCAAAUUUCUGAUAUGUCCGAAGUCAGCAGUGUGCAAAGUAGUAUGUGUCGAUCUGUAAUUGAGAACAGUACUACAGAGGAUACAAGUCAAACGUCCAGUCUGAUUGGCAACUGUCAGUCGAGAUUAGGCCAGGAUCUGCUGAGAAUGUUUCUUGAAGAAAUAGCCCCAGAUGUCAUAGUUGAGGUUUCCGGGAGACGGAUCAAAGCACAUAAAUGUAUUCUGUCAUCAAGAUGCCAAUACUUCGCGGGAAUAUUAAGCGGAGGCUGGGUAGAGAGCGCAGGGAAUGUUAUUGUAUUACCCCCAUUCUCGUUCAAUGUAGUGCAUUUUGCACUGUGUCAUAUAUAUUCAGGAGUGUCCACCAUUCCGGAUUCCAUCAGCAUCGUGGAGUUGGCAACCAUAGCUGAUAUGCUAGGCUUAGAGGGAUUAAAAGAAGCCAUUAUGUUCACACUCAAAGCCAAAUACUGUCACCAUUUUCACAGGCCAUGCCCUGUUUGUAUUGCUGGAGUUUUGGAAUGCUUCCCUCUUUCUUCUGUUUACGGCCUAGACGAUUUAUAUCGGAAGUGCUUAAAAUGGAUAACCAAGUACUUUUCAAAAGUGUGGGCUACAAAGGCGUUUGCGACGCUGCCUAAAGAACUUAUUGAUAAAUGCUACCAACAACUCGUUGUUAAUUUGACCUUGGAAAAUGUAGUCGACACUGUUUACGGGUGUGGCCUCGCAGUGUCUAUGCUCCAAAACAGUCGGUGGGCUGAGACAGUAGCGCGUAUGUGUCGGCGCCUUGUAAACGCGGCUGCGCACUUCGUGGCGCCACGACUUGAGGCCGUCUUGCGGGACAUUGCUACGUUGCCGCCCGAUCCGCCCCUUCCCGCCGAGCAGGCGCUGGACGACUGCCUAGCCGCGGCUAUCGAGUGGGCACCGCCAGAAGAAACUUGCCGUGCCUACGCUUUUCUUUCUGCUUUGAUACAUGAAAUACGUCACCAGCAUUUUUCCAAACCGGAUGUGAUUACUACAGCUCAAAAUCAAACCAAAGCCAGCCACGACCAGCAUUUGUUGUAUAGUCACUUGUGUGGCUGGCGCUUGCAGUGUGAAGGCGCACUUGUCAGGGUGGCGCCUCGUGUAGUGACAACUCAGGCUUUUAAAGAUUUGCCUGCGGAUCUCCGAAAAAGGCUGCGAGAGCUUGGGUGCAUAAUAUACGGCGGUCAAGUUCUUCCUUUUUCACCCUCACCUUUGCAGAAUAGAAAAAAUCGAAGUCCUUUUAAUGUCCAAAACAAUAAACCCAACAGCACGUUGGGUACACGCAGCAUAGACAUAGAUCAUGUUCGAGCAUCGUUCGUUCCGUAUGCGUCGAGACCCACCGCCCCCAAUGCGCCCAUAGAAAUGUUAAAAAGUAACAACGAUCUGCGAGACCGAAAAUCUCGUGGAAUGCCCCCAAAAAUCAGAACGACUAAAGCUCAAGAAGAAAGAGCGAAAUACAAUUUGUCUAAAAAUACUCAAUCUCAAGAGCGUAUGGUUAGCAAAGCCUCGACGACGCGUGUGCUGCCUUAUGAAAAUACUAAACCUCGAUACCUAGAGCCGAGGAUGUCUAAAGAGAAUGAUAAAAAAAUAUCUGCAAGAAAACUUGCUCCGAGAAUUUCCUCCAGUGAAUCAUCAAGAAAUUCGAGCCCUAUACAGGCUCGGAACAUGCGGACGAGUCGCGUUAAGGGCCGGCAGACGAGCGAGGCGCAAGCGCAGACCAUGUCACAAGACAGCCUGGCAACCUCAUCGCGCCCGCGCACUGCCGAGCCAUCUACUGACUCUCUCAGCGAGUCGCAGAAUAGCAACAAGUAUGCUACAUACACUAAGACAAAGCACACAACUAAAGGAUCUGUAGAAUCAGUAAAGUCUUCAAAGUAUCCAGUUGCGGUUCAAGGCAAUAACAAAUUAAAAACGAAGAUCCCAGUGUAUAUGAACCCGGGGAACAAAUGGGAAUCUAAGUCCGAGACACAGAGGCGAUGUCCACAGGCUACUAAGAGCACCAGCAGCAGCACGAGCAACAUAAGUAGACAGAAAACCACAGAAAGGAAGUUGCCCGGUUCAUUAAUGAACGCUACGAAGUCCAGUUCGGCGAAAAUGGUUCCAAAAAUGGUGAAAGAGUCGCCAGUUAACAAAUAUAAUACGAAACAAAGCAAGCGGCCCGCGAACCACGUUAGCAGGCGCGAAGAGAACGACAAGCCUCCAGAAAUCCCCAUGAUGGAGCGCUCCGGAACUUUCUUGAAAGAUGAGCCCACCUUUGGCGAUAAAACCACCGAUAUAGACAUAAACCAGUAAGAUAUUGUCUAGAGGGUGGUACAUCGCACCAUCCCGCAUUUUAAAAUUGUAUUUUUUUAGGUGUAGGUACAAAGUAGAAUAUAUAUUAAUCCGCACAAUAGACGCUGUUAAGGUACGUAUUAUGAUAGUUUAGUCAUUAUGUGUAGGUGAUUAAGCAUUAAUAUUGCUUGCUUGGCGAAUUUAGUGACAACUAAACGGAUAUAAUGUCUGCUUUAAUUAUGUAUGUCCAUUAAUUGCGUUAAUUUGAAACUUUAGUGUCCAUGACAUUUUUGACGCAUUUUUAGUAUUUAUGGAUUACGCAGAAGUUUUUAAUGCACUUAAGUUAUAGCGAAUGUAAUAUUAUUGUAAUACUAAACAAUACUUAAAUUAAUUCAUUUAAAAGUCUAAUUUAACAUCAUGUAUAUGUUGCCAUUUUAAAGAGUUAGGACUUUGGAGUUCAAGUUGAACUUCACAUUAACUGGCGGAGUUGAUAAUGAACCGUAAAACUAUUAGCUUGGCUUUGGUCUUCGUUUUAAAUGAUACCAAUGAACACGGUGACGCUAUACCUAUAAACGCUGUCCUGUAAAAAGAAUUUAACUCCA